AUGAGCGGGCGGAGAAAGCUGACCCCGCGGGCGGCCGGGCAGCGUGCCCCCCGCAGCGCCAGCCUGCAGAGCCCCGUCACGGCCGACCCCGAGACCUGCCUCAUGGUCUUCAAGAACCACUGGUCCCAGGUCCUGCGCAUCCUGGAGCGGCGCGGCUGCAAGCCGGCCCCGGACGACCUCAGCGCCGUGCGCAACAACACCUACCAGAUGCUGAACCUGCUGGCAGAGGACCGGCCGCGGGGGGAGGCGGCCCGGGGGCCCAUCCUGGAGUUCGUGGCCUCUGAGAACCUGCUGGAGCGGCUGCUGUGCUGGCACCUGCAGGGCGACUUCACCGAGGAGCGCAAGGUGGAGCAGCUGAAGCUCUACGAGAUGCUCAUCAGCCAGGCCCGGCAGCCCCUGCUGCGGCACAAGCCGGUGCUCACGCCGCUGCUGCGGCUGCUCAGCCUGUGCGCCGAGCCUACCUCCGCCCCGCUGGAGAACAGCCUCGUCCUGCUGCUCAACCAGCUCUGCGUCUCCGUGGCCAAGGAGCCCUCCAUCCUGGAGCUCUUCUUCCACAGCCACACGGACCAGGGCCCCGCCAACCUCAUCAUCUUCUCCCUCCUCAUCCCCUUCAUCCACCACGAGGGCGUCCUGGGGCAGCAGGCCAGGGAUGCACUGCUGCUCAUCAUGGCGAUGUCGGCCAGCAACCACGCCGUGGCCAAGUCCAUCACCGACAACUCCUACUUCUGCCCGGUAUGGCUGGGGGUGUCCCGGCACGAUGGCCCCCUCCCCGCAGCGGUGCAGGGGCCCGGCCGGUCCCCAGGAGCUGUGCUGCCGCUGCAGGGGCGGGUUUGGCUGUUGGGGCGGGAGCCACAGCCGUCCCUGGAGGAAGGUCCUGCCCUGGCUCGGGAGUCUGAGCCCUGCAGCAGGGAGCAGCUGGUGGACUACGUCCACAACGGGUUCCUCGUGCCCGUCAUGGGGCCGGCGCUGCACAAGACCUCCAUCGAGGAGAUGAUUGCCAGCACAGCCUACCUGGACCUGUUCCUGCGCAGCGUCAGCGAGACCGCCCUGCUGAAAACCUUCCUGCGCUUCGUCCUGCUGCACCGCCACGACAACAGCACCAUCCUCGACACCCUCGUGGGCCGCAUCAACAGCAACUCCCGGCUCUGCAUGGUGUCCCUGAGCCUCUUCCGGACGCUGCUCAGCCUCAACUGCGAGGACGUCAUGCUCCAGCUGGUGCUCAGGUACCUGCUGCCCUGCAGCCACGUCAUGCUGAGCCAGAAGCGGGCGGUCAGGGACCUGGACAUCUAUGGGAAGACGGCCGCCAAGUUCCUCUCCCUCAUCCCACGGUGCUGCCGUCCCGAGAGCCUGCCGCCGCCUGAGCGGGAGGAGGAGCAUGCCACCUGGUCCAAGGGCCACGGCAGCCCCAACGUGGACACCUCCUCAGUGGUGACGGUGCCGAAGCCCUCCACGCCCUCCCGGCUCUCCUUCUUCAUGCGGCAACAGAGCGCAGCCCCCGAGGUGGCCGGCCCGGCACCGCGCUCCCCCGGCACGCCGUCCGGCAGCCCCUGCCAACGGGGCGGCCCCUUCGUCUCGGUGCUCUUCGGGAAGCUGGAGAACAUGCUGCACAACUCGCUCUACGUCAACUUUCUGCUGACGGGGCUGGUGGCCCAGCUGGCCUGCUACCCCCAGCCCCUGCUGCGCUCCUUCCUCCUCAACACCAACAUGGUCUUCCAGCCCAGCGUCAAGUCCCUGCUGCAGGUCCUCGGCUCAGUGAAGAACAAGAUCGAAAGCUUCGCCGCCAGCCAGGAGGACUUCCCGACUCUGCUCUUCAAAGCCAAGAAGUACCUGAUCGCCCGGGGGAAGCUGGACUGGUCGGAUGUGCCCAGCGCGGUGCCCUCCCUGCGCCGCGCCGAGAUGCUGGUGAAGAGCCGGAAGCCGUCCAUCGGGGAGCUGAUCCUGCGGCACACCAACAGCCCGACGCGGGCGCGCCAGGCGGCACAGCUCGCCUUCCAGCACGUGCGGGACGGGCAGGUGCUGCAGGCGCUGGCCGGGGCCUCCAUCUUCCGUGGCUCGGCCGAGCGGCAGAGCGAGGCGCUGCGCGUCAAGAACGCCGUCUACUGCGCCGUCAUCUUCAGCGAGUUCCUGAAGGAGCUGGGGAAGGCACACGACUGCAGCAUCAGGUAUACUCUCCCCGUGUACGAAUACGAAGACUGA